AUGGCUCUGAUGAACGGCUAUGAGGAAAGCCUGACUGAUACAUCCUGCUCCAGACCUGCAGCUGUCCAGGCCAUCAUAGGGGAGUCUGGGUCUUCCCCAACAAUUGCUAUCUCAUCAACAGUUGGACCUUUUUCCCUUCCAUUGAUCAGCCACUUUGCCACCUGUGCCUGCCUGAGCAACAGAGAAAAAUACCCGUCCUUCUUCAGGACCAUUCCCAGUGACUACUACCAGAGCAGAGCACUGGUCCAGCUGGUCAAACACUUUGGCUGGACCUGGGUGGGGGCCGUCAGAAGUAACAAUGACUAUGGAAACAAUGGAAUGGCCACUUUUGUCGAGGGUGCUGAACGAGAGGGAAUCUGUAUUGAAUAUUCUGUGGCUGUUUUCAGGACAGAUCCCACAGAAAAAAUACUCAAGGCAAUUGACGCAAUUAGAAAAGGAACUGCAAAGGUGAUAGUAGCUUUUGUGGCUCUCGGAGAUAUACUCCCACUGCUCCAGGAGCUGGCUCUUCAGAAUGUAACGGGCAUACAGUGGGUGGGCACGGAGUCUUGGAUCACGGCGAGUAACCUGGCACAGAAAAUAGAAUUUAAUUUCCUUAAGGGAUCUCUUGGGUUUGCAGUAGGGAGAAGCAAGUUAGAAGGAUUGGAGGAGUUUCUGAUAAAGGUCCACCCAAAAAAGGAGCCAGGAAACGCUCUUCUGAAGGAAUUUUGGGAGACAGCAUUCAGCUGCUCUUUUGAGAGCAGCAGUAAUGUGGUUGAUACAACUUUCUGUACUGGGUAUGAGACCUUGAGUGACCUGAAAAACCCAUAUACAGAUAUAUCUGAUCUUAGAAUAUCCAACAAAGUAUAUGCAGCAGUUUAUGCAGUUGCACAUGCUCUGCACAAUAUCCUGGAAGACAAUGUAGGUCGCUUCAACAUCAACGGCAGUCAUGGACCCCAAUUCAGACCACUGGAGGUAUUUGCCUAUCUGGAAAAGGUUAAUUUCACAACCAAAUAUGGUGAGCAGGUGUCCUUUGACAUUAAUGGAGAUCCAGUAGCAAGAUAUGAACUGGUAAACUGGCACCUCACUGAUGCAGGAACCAUGAAGUUUAAGACAGUUGGAAUGUAUGAUGCUUCGUUGCCUUCAAAUAAAACGUUUGUCCUAGAUCAAGGGAACAUAGUUUGGGCUGGAGGACAAUCACAGGUAUAAUAUGACAGGUGGAAACACAGUUCCAUUAUUAGCAGUUUUUUUAUUGCAUUUAUAUAGAAUAGUUUAUGUAAGCAAUUUGCGUCAAUAACUUCCCCUGUGUUGUGUCCAAAAAUCAGUAAAAAAUAUACAAGCAAUUUCAUAAUUAUGGUUAAUAAAACAAAGACACACAAAAGACCACAUGCAAAAUCUGAUAUAUAUUUACAUUUUAGCUGAAUUCCAACAAGCCCAUUUAAAGCAUGUAAUAUGAUCUAUUAUUGUCACACAGAAGCUCGGAUCAAAGUGCAGUGAGAGCUGUCCCCCAGGAACCCGCAAGGCCGUGCAGAGAGGAAAACCUGUCUGCUGCUACGACUGUGUACCCUGUGCUGAUGGGACAAUCAGCAAUGCUACAGGUAAUGGAUAUGUUUUCAGAAUGCUCAUCUAAUAAAAGUUAA